AUAUAUAAGACUGAUAUCGUCCUCCGAAUUCCCUCCACGUCCAUUUAUCAGCAGCCGCGAGCGUUGGCAGCAGAAGGAGAAAUUCUUUGUGCAGCUGAAGAUGGGUCACUCCAACGUGUGGAAUUCCCACCCUAAGAACUACGGUCCUGGUUCUCGCACCUGCCGGGUGUGUGGUAACCCUCAUGGGUUGAUUAGGAAGUAUGGGCUUAUGUGUUGCCGCCAGUGCUUCCGAAGCAACGCCAAGGAAAUUGGCUUCAUUAAGUACCGCUGAAGGCUGUGGGGACAUAUCUCAUCGCAUUUGGAGGAAUUUUAAGGCGUUGUGAUUUUUGGCUUUUUGACAUUUAGCAAUGUAGUUUGAUAGUUUGAUUAAGAACUGUUGCUUUACGGUCUGUCCUGAACUCAGAAUCUUCUUAUGUGAAGAGCUAUCUAAUUUCUGCAUAGAAUGUUUGUUGAGUCUUCGGUAUUCUAUAAAUGAAAAGAUUUUAAUUUACUGAAA